GCCUUCUGUGUCUGUGGUCGAAGCUGGUGGCGACAGCGACGAUGAGGGUGAACAGAGGUCACCGAACUUGGACCCGUUCUUGGAUCCGGACGCGGAAGAUGCUACUCUUAGAGAAUCUGUGGACAUGUCUCUGGCGAAAGAACUGGAUGAUAGUCACGAAGCAGCAUCUCUAUUCGAGGAAGAGCCUCCGAGUACCAAGUCUGCGUGGAGUAUUUUCACUGACGACUGGGACAAGGUGAACUUGGAGUUGCCUACGAGCAGUCUACCAAGCACGUUGCGCGCGGCUGCUGUUUCUACAAGGCAGGACGGCUAUAAUUCCAUGAGGGCUCGUCUGCGGCGCUAUGACAUGACUAUCGCGCCCAAAUGCAAGCACAUCGAGAUGUGGGACAUCUCGCUCGACCGCACGUACGCGUGGCCGGGGAUGAUCGUCAUACAGGACACACAGCCCUGCGGGCAGAGGACGAUACCGCGCAUGCCUGUCAAGGACGUCGAGAUUGACUGGCGCACGGUCGAAGGCCGAUAUACGCUCGCGCUUGAGGACGCAGACGUUCCGCCCGAAUAUGCGUGUCGUACGGAGGGCGCGGCGCUCCCCGAGAAAGACAUCGUCUCCGCGAUGGACCCCACCCAGGGUAUCUGCACGGAGCCAGGAUGGAGCUACGUCGGCCCCGAGUUUCCGGGUGCGGGAGUGGGCGGGGCGUGGGUGAUGAAGUUUUGGGUGCCUGUGCCGAUGAGCUUGUUUGAGUGGAGGGAGUGUUGGCAGUUUCAGGUGAGGGCGAAGGUGAGGUUUGGGAAUUGGGAGAGGAUGGAGUGGGUUGGGCAUUCUGGGCCGGUUAAUGUGAUGGUUGAGCAUUUGAGGAGGGAGAGGGAGAUGGGCAAGAGGCCUGCUUCGAGGAAGUGAAUGUGCCAUGUAAUCUAAUGAGG